CGCCCUCGAGCAGCUCGAGCUCGCCGACAAGCUCCCGCCAGUGCUCGUCCAAGCACAGCGCAGCCAGUCCCAGCUCCGCCUGUCGCCGUACCGCCGCCUCGUCGCCCGCCCCACCUCAUCACUGAGCGACCUCUCGACUCGACAUGAACUACAUCCAGCUCGAGAAGCUCGGCGAGGGCACGUAUGCCACGGUGCACAAGGGCCGGUCAAGGAUCACCAACGAGCUCGUCGCGCUCAAGGAGAUUCACCUCGACGCCGAGGAGGGCACGCCGUCGACCGCCAUCCGCGAGAUCAGCCUCAUGAAGGAGCUCAAGCACCCCAACAUUGUCCGCCUGUACGACGUCAUCCACACCGAGUCGAAGCUCAUGCUCGUCUUUGAGUACAUGGACCUUGACCUCAAGAAGUACAUGGACUCGCACGGUGAGCGAGGCGCGCUCGAGCCGGCCGUCGUCCGGUCCUUCAUGUGGCAGCUCCUCAAGGGCACGGCCUUCUGCCACGACAACCGCGUCCUGCAUCGCGACCUCAAGCCGCAGAACCUCCUCAUCAACAAGAAGGGCGAGCUCAAGCUGGCCGACUUUGGCCUCGCGCGCGCGUUCGGCAUCCCGGUCAACACGUUCUCGAACGAGGUCGUCACGCUGUGGUACCGCGCACCCGACGUCCUCCUCGGGUCGCGCACCUACUCGACGAGCAUCGACGUGUGGAGCGCGGGCUGCAUCAUGGCCGAGAUGAUCUCGGGCGUGCCCCUGUUCCGUGGACGCGACAACAACGACCAGCUGAACCAGAUCAUCCGCAUCCUCGGCACCCCCGACGAGGCGACCCUGAGGAGGAUCGCGUCAGAGAGUCCCGAGGUCCAGCUGCGCCCGUUCCCGCGCAUGCCCCGAAUCCCCUGGGCGUCGCUGUACCCCAAGGCGACUCCUCUCGCGCUCGACCUUCUCGACAAGCUCCUCCAAUUCGACCCGGCACGGCGCCUCGACUGCACCUCGGCCCUUCACCACGGCUACUUUUCGGCACCGUCGCAGCAGGGGCAGUGAGCCCGUCCUCGUCGCUCGGCCUGCCUUCUCUCUAUCUCCCCCUUUCUCUCUCUUGAGCGGUGGACGUCGUUUAGACCUGUGCCCGCCCCUCUCUCUCCCUCACACUCUCUCUCUGUGCCCUCACUUUGUAUUCUCAGCCGUCACGACCCUUUCU